UACCCGUACGGGCCGUACACUGCGCACGGCUCCAUCAUGCAGAGCGGGUACCACGGACGCGCGCUGACCUCAGCUGCUGGGGAGCUGGCUGGUGUGCUGGCCGCACUGGAGGCGGCCACCGGCGUCCUCUGGCCGCCCGGCCCCGGCUGUCAGACGGGAUGCGGGACAGCUCAGCCCUGGAGGACCACCGCCAGCGACGCCGGCCGCACGGGAUCGCUGCGGCUGGCUGACGAGGCUCCGCCCGACUCGGUCGACACCGUGCGCCGCUCUGGUCGACUCAGCCGAUCGCCGCCUGGCGUCGACCCCGUGCACACGACCUUGACCCCGGCCGGGGAUCGGAGCGUUGCCCGGCGGCGAAGAUCCGAAGGAGGCCCUGUCGUCGAGGCGAUGCAGGUGGUCGUCAGCGCGCUCGUGCCAGUGGUUUUCGUGCUCCCGUGGGUUAUUGUGUUCCUGUUUCCGGAUCUGCUGCCGCUGGGGGACGGCUCCCAAGACGAGGACCCGUUUCCGGUCAAUCCAAACGACUUCGAUUUUGACGAACCCAAGAGGAGGCGAGGGCUUCGCGGCAUUGAUGGCAGGUGACCCAGGUGCUGUUUUGUUUGCGAUCCUGAGCCGUACCGCAUUUGGCACGCCUCGGUUUUUCUCAUCGUCGUUAUCGCCACAUGUUGUCUCCCGCAUU